GAGCAACCUUUCUGGCACGGUUAAAAUUGGAAGAAAAGGGAAAACCCCGUCGUAGCAAGUGAUGAAACAGGGCAGGAUUUGAACGCAGGAGGAGGAUUGAUAAGAGAAUCCCCGUAAUAUAUGCCACCACCCUCCAACCUAAACGUUCACGUACGAACAGUUCUUGAGCAAUGCAGCCAUAUCAAUCAUCUCAAGCAGCUUCAAGCACAUCUCAUCAUCCUCGGCCAUGGUCAAACUCAAUUCUACGCGUCCAAGCUCGUACGCUUUUGUACAGUAUCCCUCUCCAACCUUGGCUAUGCUCGCUUCAUUUUCGACCAUCUCCGAUCCCCCAAUGUACAUCUCUACACUGCCUUGAUCACUGCCUACAAUUUGCAAUUGGAUUACAAAUCUGCACUUCUAUUGUACAGAGAAAUGGUCCGGAGAGGAAGUUCGAAGCCGAAUGAGUUCAUCUUUCCUUUAAUCUUGAAGUCUUCUCCUGAAGUCAUCAAGCAUUUCGGAACUCAAAUUGUGCAUACCCAGAUUGAGAAAAACGGUUUUUUGGAAUACCCAGUUGUAAAAACGGCGCUUUUGGAUUCGUACUCUAGGUUUUCGGCUGACAUUAGGAUUGCUAGAGAACUGUUCGAUGAAAUGUCUGUGAGAAACGUGAUAUCAUGGACUGCUAUGAUUUCUUGCUUGACUAGAGUUGGAAAGGUGGGAGAUGCCAUUUUAUUGUUUGAAGAAAUGCCUGAGUCUCUGAGAGAUACUCCUUCUUGGAAUUCUAUUAUUUCAGGGUGCACACAGAAUGGUUUGUUUCCGGAAGCACUUCUGUUUUUCAGGAGGUUGGUUCUAGAGGAGACUGUGAGCAAUCUGAAUAGACCAAACCAGACUUCUGUGGUGUGUGCACUUUCUGCGUGUGGACACAGUGGAAUGCUUCAACUGGGAAAGUGCAUUCAUGGAUAUAUGCUCAGGAUUGGAAUCCCGUCCGAUUCAUUCACUUUGAAUGCUCUGAUUGAUAUGUAUGGAAAAUGUGGGAGUUUGAAAGAAGCAAGAACAGUCUUUGAUAUAAGCCCAAAGAGAAGUUUGACAUGUUGGAAUUCUAUAAUAAAUUCUUUUGCUCUUCAUGGUCACUGGAGAAGUGCUAUUGGUGUUUUUACAGAGAUGUUGCAGCGUAGAGAUCUAGUAAAGCCGGAUGGGGUGACUUUCAUCAGUUUACUAAAUGCUUGCACGCAUGGAGGAUUGGUAGAGGAGGGGCUAAGUUUCUAUGAUUUGAUGACUAGGGAGUACAUGAUUGAGCCUGAGAUUAAUCAUUAUGGUUGCUUAGUUGACCUUCUUGGCAGGGCAGGGAGGUUCAAUGAAAUCAUGGAAGUUGUCAAGGGUAUGAGGGUUCCCCCCGAUGAGGUGGUCUGGGGUUCUUUGCUUAACGGAUGUAAGAUUCAUGGGCAAACAGAUUUGGCUGAGCUUGCUCUAAAGAAGUUGAUUGAGAUAGAUCCUAGCAAUGGUGGGUAUUAUGCAAUGUUGGCUAAUAUACGCGGGGGACUUGAGAAGUGGGAUGAUGCUUUGAGGUUAAGGAAGAUAAUAAAUGAGCAGAGUGCUUAUAAGCUACCAGGUUGCAGUUGGAUUGAGAUUGACAGCCAAGUUCAUCAGUUCUAUUCUUUUGACAAAUCCCAUUCUAUGACUGCAGAUAUUUAUUUGACUCUGGAGUCUAUACUCAGCUCUUCUAGCCUAUAAGUCUCUCUUAGGGUGUGAUUGGGAGUUUGAUUUUGGAGGGGAGGGGAAGGGAUGUGAGGGUCAAUGACCCCCCAUUUUGUGUUUGGGAGUUUUUUAAAAUGGAAGGAAAGUGUUUGGAGGUAUUUUAUAAUCCUCCUAAACCCCCGUUUUUUAGUUCCUCCAAAUCGGGAGGUUUUGAAGGUCUACUAUACGGUUGACUAGCUAUAUGAACCCACUAAAGCUGCCUCAAUUAUUUAACCGCUGAAGUUUGCAUGCCAUUUCUUUUAUAACUUUCCCUGAAAUCUUUCUUUUUUUAAAAAAAAAUCUGCCGUUUUUUUACUUAUUAGCUUACUAGUCAUUUUUUCAUUAAAUACACAAUUUUUUAUUUUGUGCGCUGAAUUAUAUAAUAAUAAACCGAUUUUGUUAUUUUCAUAAAUUUUUUAUUUCGAAUUUGGUAUUACCAAACUUGCUCUUUGUAAAUAUUGAAACAAUUUUUCAAGAAAAAAAAUCAAAGCAACUAGUAAUCUAAACAAUAAAAAAAUUUAGUAUUCAAUGUAUUAUAACGUUUAUACAAUGAGAAAGGAGUACAUGUGUCAUUUUAAUUAUAUGUCCUCCAAAACCCUCCUCUUUUGAAAUUUAUAACUCCCAAAUAAGAGGAGAGAAUCCCUUCCAUCUACCUCCCCUUCCCUUGAACUCCACUCUCCUUCAAAGCCUUUCCUCACCCUCAAACUCCCAAACACACCCUUAGGGAGUGAUGGUUUGUGAAGACUAUACAUAGCCAGACUGUAUACGUAGUCCUGAUCACCACGUAAAAUCUGAAAUAAGGAUGCACCCCUAAUAUAGUAGCUAUUAAUCUCGAGUAUAUAAUGCAUUUCAAAAUAGCUAAAAAAUCCCUGACUUGGUAGCCCCUCCUGAAAUUCUUCUGAUGAACUGGGUAUAUAAAUCUUCGUGUUUGAAUUUUGCAACACAAAGUUCAUUCCGAACUUCCACAUUCUCACACCAGCUGUUUUUUUGUCUACCAAUGUAUGUAUAGGACCUGCUCAUUUGGACUUGGAAAUUCUGUUUUAAGCUGUUCUCGUCCGGUCUAUUUGAGUUUGGUAGUGUUUAGUCUUCUCUCUUCUGAUUUAACAAUAUGUGUAUUUUUUUACUACGCAUUAUUUAAUGCUGGCUUAUUAUGAUUUAGUAUGGAAGUAUAAGUCAAAGAGAACAUGUGUGAUCAAUACAUUUGACCUCAUGAACAAAAAUAUCC